AUGACUAAGAAACCCACAAAGGAGUUCAUAGUUGUGCUGCCAUUAAGAUAUAAAACUGAAGAAUCUUACCCAUUCCAGUUCUACACCCUGGAGAGUUUAUUCAGUGAACUGGCCAAAAAGAGAAAUGUCAUGUCAACUAACCAAAGAUCUGCUGAUGAAACACACCCUCAAACCAGUGGGGCAGGAAAUCACUCUGUCAACAAAGUGAACCUUGUUCUGCUGGGAAUGUACGGGACUGGAAAGAGUGCGAGUGGAAACACAAUCCUUGGAGAGAGACGGUUUGAUUCAAAACCCAGUUCAGAGCCGGUCACCAGAGAGUGUCAGGCAGCAGAAACUGAGAUAAACGGUACAUGUGUGCGUGUCAUUGAUACUCCAGACAUCUUUGAUGAUGAAAUCAAAUCAUUAGACAAGAACCAACAUGUGAAAAAGUGCAAACAGCUCUGUCAGUCAGAUCGUUGUGUUUACUUACUUGUGAUACAUGUUAGCAGAUUCGCAGAUGGUGAGAGAGACAUACUGAGAAAGUUUGAAGCUGCUUUUGGUCCCAAAGCUAAAGAACAAACAAUCCUCCUGUUUACUCGCAGAGACGAUCUGCAGCGUGAUAAAAUGAGCUUUGAGGAUUUUUUGCAGGACUGCCAGCCUGGACUCAAGAACAUAGUUAAACAGUGUGGCAGAAGGUGUGUUGUUUUUGAGAACAAACCCCCAGAUGAGCAUCAAGUAACAGAGCUAAUGCAGACAGUGAACAUGAUGUUAGAUAAAAAGCAGAAACAAUAA